AUGGCAACCGGAUUAGAGGCCUUGGGCGCUGCCAGCGCUAUUAUCCAGUUGAUCUCGUUUGCUGGGAGCUUAGUCUCCCUCAGUUUCAGGAUUUACGAUGGAAAACUUACCUCUGAGCACGAGCUUGAGGAGUACUCGAUCAAGAUGAUGGAGGCGGCCCGUCGCGUUCAGUCUCGAGGCACCCAAAUGUUCCAGGGAAACCAGGUCGGCGACAAACUAUCCAAGGUAUCACAGGAUUGCAUAGAUGCAGCUACAGAUCUGAGGAAAGAAGCUCAGAAGCUUACCAAGCGGUACCAAAAGGGCAAAGUGUUCAAGUCCUUCUAUUCUGCUUUUGGGGCGCAAAGACAUAGAUCCAAACUUAAUCAGUUGAAUGAAUACUUCAAGAAAUGCAAGGAAUUGAUGGAGACUGAACUUCUGUUGAAGAUAUGCGACCAGGACACCGCGAUAGCUCGAAAACAGAGCCAAGGGUUCCAAAGCCUAGAGAUUGACGUCCAAAACCUCAUUCUGAAGAUUGCGGAAGGAUUUACCAGGGUAGAGCAACUCGUUUCUAUCGAGGCCCAAACUACACGGGAUGCCAUCAACACCCACGUCACCUCCGAGUUCAAGUCUUUGGGCACCAAGAACAUUUCAGACAGCCAGCGCCAACGGCUCUUGAAAAGCCUCAAGUCCGAAGAAAUCAGAGAGAGAUAUAAUAAUGUGCUGCCAUCAUCAGACGCUUGUUUCGAAAGGGUUUUCGCAUCGUAUGAGCGUGUCUGUCGCCGAGACCCAAAAUACAAGUCAUGGGACGAGUAUGAACAGAAAUAUGAUGACGGAAGCGAUGCUGAAUUGGAAAAGGCAAGAUUUGAAGAGGAGGUCGAUGAGAUUGAUCAUAUAUGGGAACACUUCAGUGCCUGGCUGCAGUCAGGUGAUAAACUAUUCUGGAUUCGAGGCAAGCCAGGAUCAGGGAAAAGCACUUUGGUCAAAUUCGUUAUCGACAACGACAACACGAAGCGUUUGCUUGGCUCCUGGAAACCAAACACUAGACUUCUAUCGCAUUUCUUCUGGAAGAUCGGAAGUGAACCUCAAAACAGCAUUCGAGGCCUUUUGUGUUCUUUGCUUUACAAUCUCCUAUCAGAAGAUGCCGAUGCCGUCGACGAAGUACUGGAGAGAUUUAAGUUCUCCCAAGAAAAGGACUUCUAUAAGGAAUGGUCGCCUAAAGAAGCCCAGAAAGUUCUCUUGUAUCUUUUGGAUGCUGGCGCUCAGUCAACAUGCAUUUUCAUCGAUGGCCUUGACGAAAUAUCGAACAAUGAUGGUUACCGGGCACUACUCAGUGUCAUCCAAAGACUCGCGUUAUUCAAAGGGCUCGAAAGUAUUGGAGCGCAGAAUCUACGUCUAGAAGAUCUCACCAAACCUGAGAUGGUAGUCUACCUACGCAAGCAAUUCGAGACAUUGCCAAAGGAGAAGUCCGCCGGCUUACCGCUGGAAGUGUUCACGGAUACCCUUUUGGAUAAAGCGCAAGGGGUGUUCCUCUGGCUUGCCCUUGCUAUAAAAAGCGUUACCGAUGGAAUAUUGAAGGAUGAUGAUCAAGCUUUGAUUUUUGAAAGGCUAAGUGAACUCCCUGAUGAGCUUGAGUCUCUUUAUCAGACCAUGUGGGAGAGACUAAACGGAAAUGAUCGAGUAUACCGCGAGACUGCCGCAAGGUACUUCCGUUUUGUCAUUGCUGACGGAUGGGUUACAAGCCUGGAGGCACAGGAUGGAAACUUUUGCUACAUGAAAGAGCCUAACCUGGUUCAACUAUCACUCGCAAUAAAGGUUGAGGACCGUUUCAUCUUCCCACCCAACUCUAAUGAGAAGACACUGCCGGAGUUGAGUACCCUGUGCAAGGCGACAGAAUGCGACAUUCGAACCCGAUGCGCUGGUAUGCUACAAGUUGGUCGACAAUGUGGUUUUGCCGACAAUGGAGAGGGUCUUCCGGAAGUGAUCCGUUCACUCACACGACCAGUCCAGUUCAUUCACCGCACAGCUCAUGACUUUCUGAUUGAUACAGAAGCUGGUCAAACAAUCCUUACUUACAAGUCAAAAGAAACAACCUUGGUUGAUACAGAACUCAAACUGCUUCAAUGUCGACUCAAUCUGGCGAACACCUACUACCGUGAGCUUGGGGUCGUGUCUAAUGGUAAUGAAGAUUUUGUUAGCUGUAAUAAGCUGAACGACAAGGGAGCGAAUAAAGAUAUCAUGUUGGAGAUACUUGGAACAAUGAGAGGCCUCUAUGAAACUGGUGCUCUGGAUAUUGAUCUAUGGUUCGAGGAGCCUCUUCGGUCCUGGCCGUGUGUCGCGGCAUAUGGUCUUACUGCUUUCGACGAUUUUGUCACUUCUUCUUUUUUGCAGACUCCCUCACCGGACCUUGCUACCAACAGCAUUUAUGAGUUGGCACUCGCAAGUCUACCACCGUCAAGACCCGAACUAGCAGUCAGGAUAAUUCAAAGAAUGAUUGAACUUGGUGGAGAGGCGCAUGUCGCCAAAAAGCUCGAUACGUCAUUCCAGUGGCUGGGACACGGAAUAUCUAUUUCCAAACACACCACGGCAUUCGAGUCACUUCUCUAUGGCGCAUUGAGCCAGUUCCUGCCGACGGAAAAUCCUUGUGGCAGGACAAGGUCGUUUCUUGACGUGAUCGAAGUCCUGGUGCAGACCUGUCCGGACUUGCAUAGAAGAGUCAUAUUAUUCCUCGCAGGUGACGGUAGAUGGCUGUUUUAUAGAGCUUCCGAAGUGGAGGUCUGGGUCACGUUAGAGGUCGAUCUACAGUUUUUGAUAGACCGGCUACUGACUGUGGCCGCCUUGCGGAACAUCUCAACCGAGUUUAGCAGGAUCCGCGAGCUUGCAGCUUCUUUUACCAAGCCUCAUGCACACGUACGACAUAUUGCGCGUCGUCGAGGAGAACCUCCCCGGGUUCUUUGUCAUCGAAUUCUCGACCAGGAGCCAUUUAGAGACCUCAUUGACAGCUUCGGACUCGGAGUCCCACGCGAUCGCGCCCUUAGAAGCUUUCUGGACUCUACGGAUUACCCUACCCUUACAGAUUACAAUUUUCCACAGAGCAGUGUAGAGGAGGUGUCUAUCGAGGAAGAGAUAGAUAUGCUGGUACAGGAGGGUGUAGGGCUAUAUAAAGAGGAAGAUGCAAUUAUCAGUUAA